AUGUCGCGCCGUUCUCGUUCCCGUUCUCCCAUCUAUGACCGUCAUGCUACCAAGGUAUUGCGUAUUAUACAACCUACAACUUCUGCGCGCAAUACAAUCCUGGUUGGCUUGUAAACCUCGAUAAUUAUAUAUAUUUUCAAUUUCAUUGAAGACGAAUGAUAAGGAUUCAUGAUUAAUGGACUAUAAUCUGUUUUCGGCAAUCGACUUCGACAACGACAUCGACAUACAUGAUUAUUACCGUUUGCCUGUAAUCUAUGGCACAACAAACAACAUGCCUUGCCUUGUGUUUAUCAUCAUCUUCUCUACUAAUCAAGAAUUAGUGAUACACUGCUCCAUCAAAACUGACAUUGUUGAUUCAUAACUACAAUUUUCCUAGGAUCCCAGCAUGGGCGGAUAUCGAGGUAGAGGUGCCGCCGACGAAAUGGCGAAGACCCUUUUUGUUGCCAAUAUCAGCGAAGAGGCUGACGAGCAUGACUUGGAAAAACUUUUUACGGGAUUUGGCUUCAGUCUCCAAGAGGUAAGAGUUUAAGCUGCAAUAGAAGUAAAGUCUUAGGCAAGCUGCCGAAUAGAUUCGAAUCGUCAGAAGUGAAAUAUCGAAGCGCAUGAGCAAAGGCAAAUAGAGAAUGACGAAAUUAAGCAACCCGAGCUACUACUGCCGAAUCCCGCUCCAGAAUAGCAUGAGGAUUGUCUCUGUUUCGCGACUAUGCUGAUCGAAGGAUGUCAACACAAACAUCAAGGUAUCGCUGCCACGACAUGCAGCCGACCGCAAUCAUCGCGGUUACGGAUUUAUACUCCUCGAGGAUGUCCGAGAUGUAGAUGACGCUAUUAUCAAGGCGAAUCAUUACGAUUUUUUUGGACGCCCACUCAAGGUCGAAGUGAAAAAUGUAUCACUACAUAUUUUUUACACGCUUCACCUAUUUUGUUCGAAUCUGCACAGUGAAUGACAAUCAGUUUAAUAAAUACACCUUCUUGUUUCAUUAGAGCUUUAAGCUGAAAUUAAGUGUUAAUUGACAGAGUGAGUAUGAGUAAAGAGAGUAGCAAAUUAAUAACGCAAAAAUAAAAACAGCAGCGUGGUGCGCCACCGCGUCGCGGCUUCGGACGUGGACGUCGUGACUCCAGAGGCCGACGCGACUCUAGAGGGCGCGGUGGACGACGAGACUCGAGAGGUCGGCAAUCACGCAGAGACUCGCGCCGAAGAGACUCUCGUCGACGAAGGUAAGCGGAGAAGACCAACGAUACUAGUAGUUGGUGAGGACUUUUACAUUGGAAACUCGAAGACGAUGAGCACGAUUGUAGAGGGAGGACGCAAUAGUAGAUGAGAAAGGAGUUGAGUAGGAGAACAACAUGAAAAUAUUAUAACCUCAUUGCCGAAGCGGAAGCCGAUAUCCAUUGGUUCGGACUCAGCAUCGAAUUGUAACGCGAAUGAAAGCCGAAAGCUUAUGUUACUCCUCAUAGCCAGGAUUGCGUGAUGACCUUGAACCUUGUUGUUUGGAGAAGGAAAAGUUGUAGAUUAGCACUAGAAGAGGGCGAUCUAGUACAAACCAGAUGCAGAAGCUACUUCUUGUUUACCCGUUGCGGUUGUACUUUUCUAGGAUUUAUUGUCUUAUUACAUUAAAGAGGGUAUCAUUAUGCACGAGCACGAGAUAGAAGAUAGCGGAGAAUGUGUACUUAUCCGUCAUGCAAGACAUUGAAGUAUGACUUCUUGUUUUUAGUUCGUGUUCGUCAGAAGUCAAAGAAGCGCGUUGCACAUUUCUUUCUUAUUCUUUUUUAUUUUUAUCUUCAUGCUUGUUGUAAUUUAUCCAUGAUUGUAUCAAUCUUCUAACUAUUAUAAUAAAUAGAAGUACCCAAAGCCAAAGAAUACAACAUUUGAAUCCAUUUCACCAUUAGAAUCUCACACAAUAAAACUGAUAGAAUUAUAUCUACAAAUUAAUAUUCAUCGACAUCGACAUCGAGGCUCAAUUCUCCACCAAGGUGGCAAAUCCAAAUAUGGCAUUUUCCAUCCCUCACUCACAACAACACUCUUAUUUUGGCCGUUUUCGAGUCGGAGUCGCUCCUUUUUCCAGACAAUCAUUUGAAGUCUAUCAACUUCAACAUCAUGUUCUCCUUGUCAUACUGAAAAGAGGAUAUUGAUCAAUAUUUUGAUCCUACCGAUAUCCAGAAAACCGUCUCUUUCUCUGUCAUGAAAAUAGCCCACCCGAACAUGCAUGGGCUUCACUAAAAUUUCCUCUCGUGGUCGACAACAUCAUAUUAAUCUUAUACAUCAAACCACUCAACAUGUACAAUUCUCAAUCUCAUCAUCCAGCAAAAUAACAAUUGCCUUCAUCACUCCAGCAUCAGCUGCAUGAGCAUCUUGGUGUGUACUCGUAGACUGGAAAUAACCGAAUUAGUUUGAAAAUAACUGUGAGGGACCCUCUUUAGCCUUAGCGGCAAACUCAGCACACAUUUAACGGAUUUCGGCACCUCUAGCACAAGCCUACCCGCAGUGACUGACACCCAGGACCCAGUCCGUGACGUAGCGAACUAGGGCGCCAGGCUUGGGCGUUCCCCGGUCCCGCCUUGUCUGCUUGCACUGCUCGGCCCCUGACUCACGAAAGAGUAUGGGCUCACCCCUCGCAGCGACACGUCCGCGGUGGUCUCGAAGCAUUUCCGAUUUGACUAUCUCAGCAGGGCCUCGAGUUAUCGCUAGAAAUCAUGAGCAUCGACAGGCCGGUGGCGACCCCCCUUCGAUUCCCGAUUCGAAACGUCUCGAUCCGGGAAUCGAGAGGUCGUUCCGACGGGGAAAGGGAGGCC